CUGACUGCUUCCUGCCUGAGGGAAUCCUUUGUUUGGAAGUGUUAGCUGGCCCUGAUGGUUUCCUGUCUGGAAUUCCCCAGUUUUUUUUUAGUGUUGUUCUUUAUUUAUUGUCCUGAUUUUAUAGUUUUUUUUAAUACUGGUAGUCAGAUUUUGUUCAUUUUCAUGGUUUCCUCCUUUCUGUUGAAAUUGUCCACAUGCUUGUGGAUUUCAAUGCCUGCUCUGUGUAGUCUGUCAUGGUAAAGUAGAGUCUCGGUUAACCAACCUUCGCUUAUCUGACAUUCUGUAUUAUCAAAUGCAGUCUGCCUCCCACCCAGAUCCACAGCUGUUUCUCUAGGCAGCAAUGCGCAACACGCCCAACAAUAACACAAGGGCAGCCACACUCCCAAACAAGUGGCAGACGUUGUAAAACAUGAUUUUUGGUGCUUAAUUUGUAAAAUCAUAAUGUAAUUUGAUGUUUAAUAGGCUUUUCCUUAAUCCCUCCUUAUUAUCCUAAAUUUUUGCUUAUCCAAUGUUCUGCCGGCCAGUUUAUGUUGGAUAAGUGAAACUUUAUUGUAGUUGUUAGAGUGGUCCAUCUCUCCUGGCUUGUUCUUGGCCUAUUUAUUUAUUUGAAAGGUUGUAUUUCUAGUCUCCCACAAGGGCUCCAAGGAAAUGAACAAAUAAAAAUGAAUUAAAAUACUAUAAGGCAGGCAUGGGCAUACUUUGGUUUUCCAGGUGUUUUGGAUUUCAACUUCCACAAUUCCUAACAGCCAAAGUUUGCCCAUGCUUGCUAUAAGGUAUCCUUAUUUGUUUGCUUAUGUGCUUCAGAUCCAGUACGACCCUUUUAUCUAUGUUGAUAUCCAAAAUUUCAUUUCCCCAUGCUUCAAAAAUUUUAGUUCUGAUGUUAAAAGCUUUGCAUUGGGUGUCUACAACAAAGAAAUCACCUGUAGAAGCUGCCUAUCUUUGUAGGCAGCUGCUACAGGUGAUUACUUUGUUUGCUGACACCCAACACAAAGAUUAUAAUGUACGAUUCCAGGAAUGGAUAGGGAGAAAAUCCCAUAGCCGUACAGAGAGCAUGCACCCCACCCCAGUAGAGUUAUAAAAAAAAUAUAUGAGUAUGAAUACUGAGCUCAGGAGCUUUUCAUAGCCAACAAGUAACAGUUUUACAGUGGGUGUGGGCUGACUGGCUGGCCCGGGUAUUGUUUUUAUGUGUGACAUUAUAUGUCAUAACACCAUACAUUCAUCUCAGAGGGAAGUCAUUUCUUCAGUCACCUUGGAGUAUGCAAGUGUGCUUCUGGACAGCAAAGGAGGAGAAGCUUAUAGUGAAGCGAUGCUUUCUCUAUGGAAAGAAAUUCUAAUUGAAACAUUCCUGGGUUAUAUUUCCUGGUCUCUUUAUUAUGCCCUUCCACCAAUGAUUUAUUAUUUUCCUUUACAAACACUGAAACUUACUGGCUUGGAAGCCUUUGCUCUGGCAUUCUUCUCUCCAGUGCUUUUAAACAUUGGUCUGUUUUGGAGACUGGCAAACCAGAAAUGCACUUUAGCUUUCCUGAGACUGGGUAUGAUUGGAAGCCUUGCUUCUUACCAGGCUCCAAAUGCUUACCUUCGACUUUUGAUCUUGUCCAUGGGUGUCUCUUCAUCGCUGGUGGUUCAAACAGUAACAUGGUGGUCUGGAAAUGGUUUGCAAAGAUACUGCAGAAUCUGGGGAUUUAUAUUAGGAAAAAUUCUUCUUCUUGUCAUUCGGAUUUGGUAUACAUCAUUAAACCCACUCUGGAGCUGUACAGCUUUCAAUGCUGCUGUAAUGAUUUUAGGUUUCAUGGCAGUUCUUGAACGAAUGCAUUCAGGUGAGAGAACAAAAGCAAUCCGUGCCAAGAGCCAGGCUGGUAAUGUGGCAGAGGAAAUUCUUCAUCGAUCUAACUGGAUUUUAUCAGGGAUGGCUUUUGGCAGCCUUAUGUUCCUUACUCUCUGGAUUUUUGGAGAAGUCUCACUAAUUUCUAGAUGGGUAGUGAGUGGAUUUCCAGAGCCUGGACCAGAUCCUAACCCACAUGGAGGUGUAGUCCUAUUAGGACUGGCUCAUGGAGUGAUGCUUUCCUUUUGGUCUUGGUCUACCCCUGCACUUUGUGUCUGGUGUCUUGCAGGGGCAGGAGGAGCUGCUGGCCUGCUUGUCUUACAAACAUGGUAUGCAGCCAUUGCUGGUGACCUUCUUGCUGUCUUUACAAUGUGCAUGUGGCCACGCAUAACCGGAUGUUUUAUUAAUUGUUUACAUCCCGGGAAAGCCAUGGGUACUGCCAUGUUCAUGUUAGUGCUUGAAGUGUUCUUCUGUGUGUGGUGUACAGCUUACAAAUUUGUGCCUGGUGGAAUUUACGUUAGAGAAAAAUCCCACAUUCUUCUAGGGAUUGUCAUGAUGUUGAUUAUCUUAAACACGCUAGUUGACUGCAGGAAAGAUCUUCACUGCCUGUUCAAUGUAAAAAAUAGUAACAAAUUCCUCUUCAAACAAAAUGAAAAAUACAUCAAAUUAUCUUUGUGGCUAUUUGUUGGUAUAGGUUUACUAGGAUUAGGACUGCGAUAUAAAGUUUAUGAGAAGAAAUUAGGCCAUGGGCCUCCAAAAAAAGUCUUCUCUGCAUUGAUUUGGCCAUUCAGGUUUGGUUAUGAUAAUGAAGGGUGGUCUAAUCUAGAGCAAUCAGCUAUUCUGCUGAAUCAAACAGGUGCAGAUUUCAUUACUAUUGUGGAAAGUGAUGCCUCUAAGCCAUUCAUGGGCAAUAAUGAUCCAACCAUGUGGUUAGGAGAAAAACUUGGUUUUUAUACAGAUUUUGGCCCAAGUACCCGAGAUCAUACUUGGGGGAUAAUGGUCCUGUCAAGGUACCCGAUUGUGAAAUCCAGGCAUCAUCUUCUCCCCUCUCCUGAAGGAGAGAUAGCACCGGCCAUCUCCAUGACUGUAAACUUUACAGGGAAGCUGGUGGAUUUUGUCGUUGCUCAUUUUGGGAAUGAAGAAGAAGAUUUGGAUAGAAAGCUCCAAGCAGAAGCUGCUUCCAGUCUACUGAGGAUGAGUUCUGAUCAGGUUGCAUUUCUAGGAUAUGUCACAUCAUCUCCUGGUUCCAGAGAUUACAAGCAAUUAGUUGAAAAUGGCAAUGUUAAGGACAUUGACAACACAGAUCAUGACAGGUGGUGCAGCUAUAUAAUGUAUCGUGGCUUAAUAAGAUUGGGCUAUGCUCGAAUAUCUCAUGCUCACUUGAGUGACUCUGAACUCCAGAUGGCAACUUUUAGAAUCCCAGAUGACCCAGAUAAUUAUGCUGACAAUGACAAACUCACCAUCGACCCCAGUGAAGUCCCUAAAGAAAUACACUUCAAUUCACGGUUUGGUUCCUAUAAAGCAGAACACAAUUAUGAGUUGAAUCAUCGCUUUCACAUGAGCACUCCAAAGUAUUUCAAAUAAGCAGACUAGAAAGCUAAUACACCAACACAGUUCCAAGAAGGAGAAAUCAACGACGAUGACAAAGCCAAAAGAGAUAAGAAGCACCUAUUAAAAACCACCGCAAGUCUGUAAAUGUCUCAUGAUCCAAUUGAAUUGACCAUGCUCAUUUAAAGUAAUUCUUAGUGCAAUCCUACAUUUAUCUCCUCGGAUAUAAGUUCCACUUCAUUGAUUGAAUUUACUGCCAGGUAUGAGAAUAUAUAGCAGUGGUUCCCAACCUUUUUUUGACCAGGGACCACUUUGAUCAUUAGUACCAAAGGAGUUACGAAUCAGUUUUUGGUCAACGGUAGAUUUGGUUUAGUUAUUUGGGUGCUGAUUCAGAAAAUUGCAUUGGAUAGACCGCAUCUGCUCUAGUUUCUGAUACAGAACAUAUGUCAUCCAGUCAUCACCAUCUGCUCACCCACAGAAAACCAUAUUUAAUAAUUUAGAGCCGAUGUGACUUAUCCAAUGUAUUUUUCUGAAUCAGCACCCCAAAUAACCCCAGGAACAAGCCUAAAAAUGAAGACACCAAAGCACCCCCGUUUCCAGGCACCACAUGGAAUGGCUCCACUCAAGGGGGAGGGAGAAGGAGGAGAAGCAGCAGUCAGGAGGCCUUUCUUGAGUAGUCAGCCUCUUCCCUCCUGACAUCCCUAUUGCCCGGCACUAUGAGAGGGUUUCGCGAGACCAGUCGCUCUUGUUGCAACCGUGUAGUAACAGUGAGGCUGCGGUCCAUAUUUUAGUUCUUGGUGACCACUGGUGGUCCACAGACCAUAGGUUGGUAACCACUGGUCUAUAGAAUUGAGUCAUACAAGGAUUUGCCUGGGUCUUUUAAUUUCUUCUAGUUAGAGAGGAUCACUCAUAUUGGACCCAGUUGUGUUCAUAUAUUCAGAUUGAGCAUUGUAUAUUUCAUAUAUAUAUUGGAUGCAGAAUUGAAUUUUGUAUUGCCUUAGAUCAUUUAACUUCUGAAUCAAAAGAAAUAACUAAAUAAAUUGCCAGUGUUCCAAUCCUAAUUGGUGUGC